CAAGAUGUUAUAGAUGCUGGAGACGUCUGUGAAUUAUUGGCAUAAUUUUUUUGGUGUCUUUACGACGGAAUGGCUACGUAACUGUAAAUCUACGAGGGACAUCUCCACUGCCGUAUUGGCGGAGCUAGGAGUACAAGCGCGUCCAUCCUCACAUCGAUCCCGCAAUCAAAACACGCUCUAUGUAAGAACUCGCAGCUGGCAGCGUGCAUGUUCCGUCGUGAUUCAAAUAUAAAAGUGACUCAAUCAAUCGGAUGUGUAUUAUAUUUUAGGAUAAAUAUGCUAUAUUGAAGGUGACUGAAUGUAUAUUGGGCCGACGGUGAGCUUUCAUCUGCAUGCUCGAUGUAACUCUACGUGUUUCCAAGCCUGUGUUUACAUGGCUAGUAAUGGCAUGAACACAGUAUCGCGAUACCGACGAAAGGACAGCGCCAUCAGGACUUUGGUAGCUGAGACGUUAGUUUUGGCAAAGACACACGGAUACGUGGAAAAGAUUGAAAACGAGCUCGAAGAGGAAAUCUUACAAGAAGCGUACCUCCCGAAAGAGGACUUUGUGAGGUGGAGGAGGAAGGGAUAUUCGUUCUUUAAAAGUAAAGCUGUGUUGUUAACGGUGGUCAUUCUCUGCAUCGUGGACUGUGCUCUAGUGCUAGGAGAACUCACUCUCGAUCUCUAUAAAGUUAAAGUGACAUUAGAAGACAACGAAAUGUUUACGAACAGCGCCAUGGUGUUCCUGCUAAAAGUAAAACAGCGGUAUCCGAAAGUCCUGAGUGAUAAAGAGUAUGAUCGGGUUUUUGAUCUGAUAUCAACAGCGGAAAUAAAAUGGAAUUUGCAAACAGAUAACGAGAUGAAAGAACAUUAUCAGCUAAAUGACGAGGCGACAAUAUUGGAUUUGGUGUCGUCUAGAAGGCCAAGAAGUGCGGAAGUGAACAACAAAAGUGGCAUAAACUCCACCAAUAUCGACAUUCCCAAGAGGGGAUACAGCAUCGAGGAAAGCAUAGCGCAUGCGCUACACCUCGGAAGUAUUUCACUACUAGGAAUUAUACUACUGGAGACUUUGUUAAAAGCUGUUUGUGCAGGACGAGGAUUCUUCCACAGAAAACUAGAGGUCUUUGAUGCGUUUAUUGUCAUCGUAUCCUUCGUGGCUGAUCUUAUUCUGUUGGUGACAUUACCGGAUUACAACACGAGGGAUUUUGUUUUCAUCCUGGCAUUUUUGUUGCCAUGGAGGGUCAUACGGGUCGUUGACAGUUUAGUGGUGGCAGUGAAAGACCAUGAGCACUUCCGGUUAAAACUUGUUUAUAAGCGAAAAAAGAAAAUACAAACCACCUUAAGGGAGACGGAAGUGAAAGCACAGAUAUUUCAGUAUCAAUGUAAUGCACUGCGGCGUCUCUGUUUGUCAGAAGGCCUAGAUGAAUGGAAAAUUGAUCAAUGUGUAAAGGCAGAGGAAAAAUAUCAACCAACCUUUGGUAAAAGAAAGUGUAAAGUCCGUCUAGACACCUCCUCAAUGUCACCUCUCCUGUAUGAUCAGUCACGUGAUCGCUCCCCUCGACCCUCCCUCCCUUCUCUGGAUCUGCAAGGCUUCAAAUUUUGGAACGGAAAUUCAAUCAAGCACAGCGAAUCGAACGGAAGUGUUGAGGUUAAACCCUCUGAUAAGUCAACAGACUGAAAUAAAAAAAUAUUUGUAGAUUGGAGGAAGAAGCUUGGAUGGGGUCAAGAGUGGUCAUUCUAAUGUGUUCUAUUUGCUACUGAAAGUUCUCAGGUUUCAGGAGGCCUGGUGUUACAAUCUAUAAUUUAGCCAGGAGGAUUUGUUCGAUAGAACCGACCUCAACAGUAAUUGGCGAACAGACAUAGGAGCGUUGUGAAGUGGAAUGAAUCGGGAAUUUGUUAGACAUAGCGAGCGAUUUAAUAUCAUAUUAGGGAACCAUUCCAUUCCCCUAAAUCAGCGUGCAAUAUCCCUAAGGCGUUUUCCAUGACUCUGCUAUUACCAAGGCUCGGAUGAAUUUGUUAUAUGCAAUGGUUGUUUUACAUGUGUCUUUAACUUGUUUGUUUUUUAUUUCUAAUGUGAAGUGUUCUACUUCAUCCAUUACUUGUGAUGUUUUUACAGUGUGAGUAAAUAGUUUUGUACAAAUGA